GGGUACUGUUUCCACCACUGCACUGGUUCUGUGUAUAAACCAUUUAGUAAUAACUUUUACCCAAAGCGAUUUAGCUACGAUCAUGCUUGCGCUUUCCCGCAAAGUAUUGUUCCUAGAGAUACGGAAUAUGCCGCUGUUAAGUGGAAACGUUAUUUCCAUUUGAGUUGGUUGAUCAAGGACCGAAGACUCCGUACGGAAGCUUCUGCAACGAGUCGUCUGUAUCAACAGUAGCUCGUUGUGGGACGAAGCAAUGGCCAUGCACAUACACAUUUUACGUAUGGGUGCUCCCGGGAAUCGAACUCAUAAUUCUUGCGUUGCAAGCGCCAUGCUGUACCAACUGAGCUACAGGACCACAGACAACAAUAGCCAACGAGUUUAAAUGAGGAUGAUCCACAUGAUCAUCAAAGUUUGGAAGGUCAAGUCCAGAAAAUGAAGAAUGAUAUCCUGGGUUUAAACUAUCCAGAAGAUAGUGAAGUGAAGGAUCCCCUGCCUCAGAUCGAGCUGAAGGCUGUGACAAGGAGAAAAGUUAAGACCAAGAGGAAGACCAGUGCCAACAGGCCCACAGUUGAACAGAGCACUGAUACUGAUGCAGCUGAGAUAGAUUUUGUUGAUAAUCAGAAUGAUGAAGAUGAGGAUGAGGUGAAGAAGGAUCCCCUGCCUCAGAUGGAGCCGGAUGCCGUGAAGAGAAAUAAAGUCAAGACCAAGAGGACCAAGAGAAACAAAGUGGAGCAGAUCACUGAUACAGAUGCAGGUCCCUCUACAUCUGUGGAAUUCUCUGGGAUGACAGUUCAGGGGACAUCUCACCAGGGACAAUCUAAUGAGUGUGUCUCCAGGGCCUGUCAGACCAGGGCUCUUGACCUCCCGCCAAUCAAUCCGGAUGCUUUCAACCCGAUUAUCAUCCGGUUUCUGGAAAAACUUACUGAGGAGCAAUGGAGGCAGUUAAGCAUUGGCAGGAUGGACCCUGUGAUGAGGGCAUUGCUUGCAGAGAUGUGCCUGGAGAUUGUGCGGUUUGUAUCUGAGGCCAUCCUGGAGGUCAUCAUCCCUGCAAUUUUCCGUUUUGUACGGAUAUACAGCCAUGUGUCUCCAGUAUCCGGCAAGUCUCUGACAGAAUCAGAGAUCCUCUAGCACAAACCUGAAGGUUCGCAAGAGAGGCAGCAGCAAAUCCUCAAGGUCUUGCACGGCUAAAUCAAGCUCCUCUCGUAAUGGGUAUGUUCAGUCAUUCGGUUUCACCUAACUAUUCAUAACCCAUUUUGUGAAAAUAUGUUUUGUUAUCUGUGUUACAGUUUACUCUUAAUGACCAAUUUAAUUGAUUACUGAAUUAUGCAUUAAUGUGACUACAGUAUCCACUAUUGAAUAUGGAAUGCUGUAUUGUUUGCUUUGUAUUCUCAAAGGUC